GGGCUCCCCCAUGGAAGAUGCUAGGGCUGGGUGAAUCAAGGGGGGACCCUUGGUGAGGAGGUGCAGGGAACUCCCCCUCCCACAUGAUCCACCUGGUGGUGGGGUGGGUCCAUACCGGGCAUCCCCUUUGGGGUAUGGGCUGGACUUGUCUGGGGUCCCAGUCAGGGUGUGUGUUGAGGUGGAGGUGCUAGAGACCCCUGUGGGGGAUCUGGGUCCCCAGGAGCUGGGGGGGACCCCUUGGGUGAUCAUACUGGCAGCUGGGGGUGGGGACUCAUUGGGAUAGGGGGUUGCUAGGGACCCCAUCCGGUUGAUCGUCCUGCGGGUUGGAGAACUUGUAAGGGUGAUCACAGGGGGGAGGUCAGGGUCGAGAUGAAGGUUGCCUCUCUCUCUGGGUUAGCCUGGGGUUUGCCUGCGGGCCCUUGGGAAGUCUUGUUUGUAUUGUCUCUCGGUGACAGACCUGGGCUAGGCUGAGUCUCCCCCAUUCCAGGCAGAGUGAGACUUUAACUUUCUAGCACCUUUUGGAAAGUGGAAAACUAACCCUGCGUUUCCUGGCUUCUCACCUUUUCUUUUCUGCCUUUCGGACGUAACUCUGAACAUUCUUGGGAGGAUUAAGUUGCCCCCCCACGUCUCCGGGUUUUCCAGCAAUUUGAGUUCCCGGACUUCAACUCUCGUGUUCCAGACGGGACACAAUGGCCACACGGCUGCAACCUUAUCUGCACCUUAGCCAUGUAAUCUGUGUACCAACCGUACAGGCUGGGGCGUUUUUCUGGCUAGUGUCCCUGCUGCUGGCCUCUUUGGUCUGGUUCAUUUCCGUGCACCUCAGCAAUCGGGAGGACUCCAGGCUGCAAUAUGGCCUCCUGGUCUUUGGGGCCGCGGUGUCGGUGCUGCUGCAGGAGGCGUUUCGAUUUGCCUACUUCAAGCUACUCAAGAAAGCCGACGAAGGCUUGGCGACGCUCAGUGAGGAUGGGCAGUCUCCCAUCUCCCUCAAGCAGAUGGCCUAUGUAUCGGGGCUGUCCUUCGGGAUCAUCAGCGGGGUCUUCUCGGUCAUUAACAUCCUGGCGGACUCCAUAGGCCCGGGCAUCGUGGGGAUCCACGGGGAUUCGCCUUAUUACUUCAUCACGUCAGCAUUCCUGACCAUGGCCGUCGUCUUCCUACACACGUUCUGGGGGGUGAUCUUCUUUGACGCCUGCGAGAGGCGGCGGUAUUGGUCCCUGGCGCUGGUGGUGGCCAGUCACCUCGUCACGUCCGGGUUGACGUUCCUGAAUCCCUGGUACCAAGCCAGCCUCAUCCCCAUUUACAUCAUCACCAUCUCCAUGGGCGUCUGGGCCUUCUUCACGGCCGGCGGCUCCUUGCACAACGUCCUCGCCUGCCUUUCCUGUAAACAGGAGGAAGACAACCGAGUGAUGGUGUACUCUGCGCUGCAGGUCCCCGUCGAGGACUGAGCCCCUCCUCAGGCCGGCACCUGCCUGCCAGAGACAUCCAGGGAAAACCAAUACCCCAAGUGCCCUGUUCUCUGCAGCUGGGAGCAGCCUGGGCCACCCCCUCCCCCAUGGCAGGAGCUGGGGCAUGGGACUCGGAGCCUGUCAGAGCACUCACCCUGCUCAUGGGGCUGGACCGCUGCGCUGGUGGAGGCGUGGCUGGGAUUGCGAGGCUGAGUCCUGUGGGGCCCUAGCGGUCUCUGUGCUGUGGAUUCAAGGGCCUGGGGCACCGCCGGACUUUUUCCCUCCUGUCAGCUGCAAAGGACUGAAGCUCUGACCGGGCCUCUCGGACUCGAAUCUGCCCAGAAUCGGGCUCAUGGCGGGUCUUGCAAACUCUGCCACCCCCUCCCUGUAUGAACACGCUGCCCACUUCGGAGGCGAAUUGUCCCACGGCUCCUCUGUCUGACUGGGGCUGCAGCAGAGGGGCUGGAAAGUCCUGUUCGGUAGCACUGACGCCCGUCCCUUUUGAAAUGGUCCUUUAUUGGCAUCUAUUUCUCUGGAUCUCUAUUGAUACCGUAGGUCUGGGUUAGCGCUUCGGUUGGUGGAGCAGCGAGCCCAUCUGGCUGCCCAGCCCCCUGCCCUGGGGCCACGAAGGGCCCUCUGAGCUGUGCCCCAGGGUUUGUGGUAGUGAGGACACCUGUGGCUUUUCUGUGUUUGCCGCGGCGCCAGUGUGACCGGCUCAGCUGGGGACUCGCCUGCCGGCAAAGGUUGGCCUGUUUUGGGGAAGACUCAGCUGGAACAGAACGCUAAAAGGAUGGGGUGCGCUCCCCCCUUGAGGUGCAACCAACCCUGCUAACUUCCGUCAAGUGACAGCUGGGUGAGGGCGCCCCCUGCAGGGUUAGUGAGCCCAAGAUCCCUGGGUGAUGGUCUAGAAACUCUGCAGCAUUCUGUCCUUGGGCUCCUCCCCAGCAAGGCACGCAUGUGUCUCCGCCUUAGAGACCUGCCCCAUUGCAGCGUAGCCUGGCAGGGGGGCUGAGCGUUAACGGGGCUGCCCCCCCACGAGAGAGCUGUGCUCCUAGCUACGCGUGGGAAGCAUCUGGGAAAAAGGUAGGCGUGCAUCCUGUGUCGCUCCCAGGCACCCCCUACUGGGAGGUCAUGCAGCAGCCACGCGGGGGGGUGCAGCGUGCAAGUCAUGCCCCAGAAUGGAGGGGAAGGUUCUGAUUUCGGGGGCGCUGCUGCAGAACGGCUUGCGGUAUUGCUGGCUCUGCAAGGGUUAAUCUGCUGUAGCAGGCACUACCCGGCUAUUGGCAAUACCAUGCGGCAGCUCGUCUCCAGAGAACCAGAUGCUUCUGGUGCUGUGGAAGAGGGCCGGACGGUGCUGCUUUGUUCAGGGGCUAAAAGGGUUGCCUCGCAAACCUCACCCCGGAGACUCCCUGAGGGUGGAGAGCAGCGACCGGCCGGCCGCUGUCUGCUACAAGAAGUUGAAAAUCUCAGUGUGUGUGUUUGUUUUUUCCCCUAAGUUUGGGAGAAGAUUCACUACAUGUCUGUAAAAUGGGGAUUUUUUAAAAUUAUUUUUUUGAUUCAGAGUAAAAUCCUUUUAAUAGAGACGCUGUGAUGACUAAUAAAGCCUUCUUUUGUAAUGGGA